AUGGGUGUGCCGAACCCAGUCGACAGCAUGGAUGGUGUCGAAUGUUCGGCCGUGUAUAUUGAUCGCCGUGUAGUCCAAGAACGGUGGGUGUAUCAAAGCCCCACUGAUUCCUCAAAUACGUCUAGUUCCGAUGCCUCUACAUUUCCUGACGAACCGGAUUCUCUGCGAUCAGAUGUGGAAGUUCUACUGGGGGUCUGCAAACGGAGUAUGUCUUGUGUUUCACCUGGUGCUUCUCGCCGUACCGUUACUGACCGGAGUCUGCGAUAUAGUUUAUCUGUUGACGACGCCAUUACGACCUGCACACCUAUCUUCGCGUUCUUUGACGUCGAUUUAUCAGGAGAAGACGCCGGCCUAUCGCGUCGGAAGAGUGGCCGGGGCUCAUGGCCCGAGGUAUCUCCAUCUCCGGCGUCGUUGCGUCGCGGCUUCACCUUCUCAUCUCAGUCCGAGGGGGCGCACGAUCUGAAGUUAUUGUCGGGAUUGUCAGCCGACAUUCAAGUCCAAGAGUCCCCAAACUUAAUCGUCCCGGUUGCUGUCUUGCGCUCCUCUGCUCAGCCCCCUAGUAGCGUGCCCGUUGACCCCCAGCGCAACGGGGCGAUCCCCGAAUUUCAGCAGAUAUCGAAAUGCUUAGAUGCGGGAGCCGUCGACGUCUUAGCGUCACCCCUGAGCAAGGCUAGGAUGCAGGGCCUUGUAGUCCACGCCUUCCGUGCUCGCAAGUCCGCUUUGAAAGAACAGUCCCGCUUCAUGUCCAGAAAAAAGUUGCGCAAGUAUUCGUGGGUAGGUGUUCACGAUGAGCAGCCCUAUGCCUACUUAAGAGAAGCAAUGGUGUCGAAGCUUAUGAAGGGCAUCUGCAAUCCCGAAGAGGUGAUAGAAGAAUUUCAGGAUCAGAGUGAAUUGGAUGUGAGCCCAGAACGUGAGGAGCUCAUCAAAGAGCAGAUCGGAAACUGGAACUUUACCGCUCAUGGUUUUUCUGAUGAUGAGCUGGUGUUGGGGGCUUCUGAAAUCCUGCACCAUGCCUUCACUAUGCCAAAUCUGGAACAGUGGCAAUUAACCCCUGGUAAGUGA